CGCAUUUAUUUGGUUUAUAUGAAAAUCGAUUAAUUAACUUUAUUCUAAAAUAGAUUUAGAAUUUAAUUUUAUAGGAAAAUUAAUAACCUAACACGUUCGUGGGUAAGUUAGAUUCCUUUAAAUUUGACGUAUUAAGCAUAACCUGUAAACAAAUAAACUUGAGGACUUUUAUAAACUUUUUACACAAAUUUUAUUAAAAAGAAUUUAAAUGAACCUCCUUAGUGAAUGUAAACAAAAGAAAAGAAAUGCUAACUCAAUUCAUUUUAAGGGGCAAAAGUAUGAUAAAAAGGAACUUUUAAGGAGCUUAAAUUGCAAAGUGGUUAUUGAGAAAUCUCGGAGCGUUGAGGAAUUAAUAUUAGCCCAAUCGUAUAAAGUGGAUUCAAUAGAUAUUAAUCGUCAUGAAAAUCAAGCUGAUAAAGCAAAUGAGAUGAAAACAAAGAAGAAUGUAACAGCAACAAUAAACAUGGAUAGUGAGAAAACCGAAAUGAAAGAAAGAAAAACCUUUGUUUUGCCGGCAAAUUUGCCAAAAAUCCAAGUAACAUUUAAAUCUAGUGGUGAGGAAACCACGAGAAUAAUUAAGGAUAAUACUAAAAUAGAUAAAGUCGUUGUUAAAAGAAAAUCGUGGAUGCGUAAGAAAAAUAAUGAAAUUUUUGAAAACGUCAGGAUAACAUCUAAAAAUGAAAUCUUUUCUGAUGCAGCUUUAGGUCCCCAAAAUCCUGAAUUAAUCGAUUCGGAACGUUUGGUUCAAAUCAAACGGUGUAUUUCUAAUUUAGAGAAUCACAUAGAAAGUCACCCAUCAACAUCAAAAAUUUUUUUACCCUCAGAAUCUCAAUCUAAAGUUACAAUAAUCCCCAAACAAAUUCCUCCUUUAAUAAUCACCAUCCCGAUUGCACAAACUCCCACAGAAAAAUCUCCAAUAGAAAAAAGCCCAAUAUUAAAGUCCCCAUCAAAAAAUAUAAGUCCUUCUCCACCACUAUUUAGCGUUUCAAAUAUUUCUACUCCAUCUUUAAGUCCAAUUUCGUUUUCAUCAAAUGAAACACAAAAUAUGAGUAGUUUUAAAGUAGAUAAGUCUGUUGAAGAAUGUGUUUCGAAGGAAACUUUGGAACAACCGGUUUUUGUAGAGCCUAAAAUGAUUACUAAAAGUGUGGUACCUCCGAAAGUUAUAUCUGGUUUUAAAGUUCCGUUGGCUCCAAAAAGACCGCCUACAAGGUUAAAAUAUGUUAAUGAUUUGAGAGAUGUUCUUCAACAAAGACACAUUGAUCAAUUUCCACCUACUAAUACUAAUCUUAAUGAUGAUGAUGAUGAUGUUUUGUCGUUAUAUGCAGAAUCAAUCGGAUCAACAUUUGACGUGACCGUUACAAAAAAAUCAUCAACUUUAGCUGAAGAUUUUACUAAAGAUGUGGAUAUCAACGAAGAUUUUUCUAAAAACACAAUCGAUUUUUCUAAAAGUUUACAGGAUAACACCGCUAAAAUCGAAAAUAAGUCUCCCCUAAUUACAUCAAGCGCCGAACCCGAUGUGAUUAUAAAUCCAAAAAUUACCGAAUGGAUUUCAAAAUCAUCAACAGUCAAUAAAAAUCAAUCGAUGGAUUACGGUAAUUUCCCAAAAAGAUGGUGUUACCCAUAUUUAGAGACGGGAAAAUGUGUCAAAUUUAAAUGCCCUUUUAAACAUACAAUGUUAGAGGUUGAUUUUAAUACGAUUUCACCAGAAAAUUUCGAAAUAAUCUUCAACGGUUGCGUUAAAUUUACGUAUUUAUUCAAAACAUUUUUCGAUUCUCUUCUAAACUAUUUAAUGGAAAAGGAACGAAAAGAUUUAAUCCUAAGUCUAGUAUUACACGUAAUGAAGCGGGUUAAAGACGAAAAAAUGCCUUUUGUCAAAAAAAUAAUCACCACAUUAAAAAACAUCGGAUUUACCUUCGUUGAAGCGAUCAACGAAAUUUUAUUUACAUGCGGCCGAAGUAACGAAGGCUUAUUAGACAUCUUAUUGGCGUUUGCCGUUGAGGACGAAGAUUGCGUUAAAACAUCUUGGAACGUUAUUGCAAAUUUAAUUAAUUUUCGCCGCACCGGAUUAGAUUUUGGCGUAACCCAAGAUAUUUUUACAAAAUGCUUAAACGAUUACGAUCAAAUUUUAGCCGAAAACAUAUACAAAGAUGUCAUCGUUAAAAACAAUUUUAAUUUGAAUCAAAUCGACAGAUCAAUUUUAAUUAAUUACAUUUCGCUGUUACAAGAUCACCACAAAGAAGGAGCUGAAUACAUCAUUACUAAUUAUAACAUAAACGAAUUUGAACUUAAAAACCAAAAAUUAAGUUGCCAAGAUGAUCAAUUAAACGAGGAAAUUAAUGAAAUUAAAGAUGAAAUCGAUUUAAGCGAUACUGAUUUAGAAGAAUCAAAUUUGGGGAAUAAUAAUUUAAUUCUUUCUUCUCAAGAUGCGAAUGAUUCAGGAAAUUGUAACCAAUUAAAAUCCAAUCAACAUUUAAAAGAAACUCACUCAAACCCAAGAUAUUAUUGCGAUAUAGAGAACCAAUAUCGACCUUACAUCCCACGAAAACGAUCCAAAAUCGAAACUUCUCCUUCAUCAUCAGACACCCUGAUGAUUUUACCGGAAGUUGUGAUUGAUGAUGGUGAUUUAACCGAUCAAGAUAUAAAAGAUUUGGUGAUAAGCGUGCGGAGUCAUAAUUUGGGGAGUAUGUUUAGCGUGAUGAAUAGAUACUCAGACACUGAGGUUAAAAUAAAAAAUGUUGUUUUGCACUUUAUGGCCGUUGCGAAAGAGAUGGAUUUAAACACUUUGUGUAAUUUGUUGAGUCAGAUGUUUAAUGUUUUUGGGAAUCAUUGCAAAACGGAUUAUCAAACUAUGAAUGUUUUGAAAACGUUGGGGUUCAAUUUGAUCCCGAGGUUGGAUAAAGAGAAACAAUACAAAACUAUAAGCGAUAUACUUACUUUUUUUGCUAACGAUUAUAAUUCUUUCGUAAAAUACAACUAUUUUAGUAAUGAUCGAAAAUAUCAUUCAAACGAGAUGAAAUACGUGUUAUUGUUUAAAAUUCUUUGCAGGUGUGACAAGUAUAACGAUGCGUACGAACUUUUAAAAAAUCAUGAAUCCCAAUUACUUGAAGUAUUUUUACCCGAAACCGAAGUUAUUAAUGAGUAUAAAAUAAGCGUACUUAACAAAUGUUUGGAACAUAUAAUUGUUAAAGAUCCUGUUGAGGCGAAAGAUAUGAUCGUUUAUUUAAUGUUAAACGCUAACGUCGAAUUAUGGCCAGAUUUAAAAAUGUACCUCAACAUCUUAUUAACCCAAUUCUUGCAUAACUACACGAUGGUCAAAGAUGAAGUAAAUAGCAUGUUCGACGUAAUUUUAAACGGAUGGUACCAAUACUUAAAACCAAGCGUUUUACGUUCAUUGUUAAUAAGCACCCGCUCGGAUGUUCCCACAAAGACCAUAUUAAAAUUAUUUAACCUCUGUAUCGAAAUGGGGGUUUAUCCCGAUCAUAAAGGUAGAGACAAUUCAAUAUCGAUCCCUUCGAAUCUCCUCAAAGAAGAAAUCUCUUUAUUGGUGCAUCACCAAUUUCUGCAAAUUUGUAGCUCGCUUUUCCCGAUAUCCAACAUCGUGAUAAACGUGACGGAACCUUUGGAUGGGGACGAGUACACUCGGCUUCAUAUCAUACUGAAAAGCAACGCUUUAACCACUUCUGAUAUGAUUAAUAGGGUGUUAAUGGUGUUGGAAAACAUCCCAAAUUUCCCGGCGAAAGAAACUUUAGAUGUUCAAAAUCAAUAUAUUGUUAUUCCUUAUUGUAGCGCGUUUUUACAGCCUUAUAAAGAUGCGAUGAAGAGUGGUGUUGUUCCAAAAAUUCCUUAAAAUCUAUUUUCUUGUUUAAGUGAAUUUGUUUAGAUUUAUAUAAAUAUAAAUGUUCUUUUUAUUUCAGUUAAUAA